AUGCCCUCCUCGCCUUUAUACCCUUCCUACCUUCCCACCCGUCCCGAAGGCUUUACUCCAACCAUCAAUGUUCCACCCUUUGAAGCUACAGAACCUGGUCUCAGAGCUGAUCCUUCGAAACCAAAUUUGAACGAGAGUGGGGCACAGUUCACUAAUAUCACUCCACGAAUUGGGACCGAAGUCCGAGGUGUUCAGAUUAGUGCGUUGACAGGAGAAGGAUUAGAUGAAGUCGCAUUGUUGACUGCUGAGAGGGGAGUUUUAGUAUUUAGGGAUCAAGAUUUUGCAGAUCUUGGGUUCGAUCGACAACGGGAGAUUGUGAGACACUAUGGUCCUCUCCAUGAGCACCCUACUAUGGGAUACCCCAAGAGUACAGGGCCAGAGUUUCACGUCGUUUAUGCCGAUGAAAACGUGCAAGUCCACUACUUUUUUCUCCACGUUUUUAAUCUCCGCACCCUCCUUGGGCCCCGCACAUCCUUCGAUCUCUGGCAUAUCGACCAAACAUUCACCCCCAACACCCCCAGCACAACCUUCUUCUGGGUCCUUGAAUCGCCCGCCUCGGGGGGCGGUGAUACUGCCUUCACCUCAUUGACUCACGCUUACUCGGCGCUCUCCCCCACCUUCCGCUCGCUCCUACAUUCUUUGAGUUUACAGCACACGUCUGCAUCUAUCGGCGAAGUCGCGCGUGUAGGUACCGAGCGUGCCCUUCGUGAAGCCGUAAACACCACUCAUCCACUUGUCAUUCAACACCCUGUGACCAAGGAACCGGCAUUGUUUGUCAACCCGACAAUCGCGCGCAAGAUUGAGGGCAUGCUACCAGAGGAGAGUGAGAAUCUGUUGGCAUUCUUGCAUGCACAUAUCAAAAGCAUGGACUUCAGUUGUCGGAUAAAGUGGGAGAAGGGAUCAGUCGUGGUUUGGGAUCAGAGAGGUGUGGCACAUAGUGCCGUGCCGGACUUUAAAGAGGGGGAAAGGAGACAUAUGGUCAGGAUGAUUCCUUAUGGAAGUAUACCGAAAAUGUACAGCAAAUAG